CCAGUCGCGUCUCGCUGUGCUUGGUGUUUAUAUAGAAAAAGGUAGAAUCUAUCAAGGGGUGUCUAUUUUAUUUUUAAGGGGGUGUAGAAAAUAGAAAACGGAGGCGUCUGAUAUGAGACCCGGACUGGUAGUGAGAAUGACGUCUCUGUAGUGUAUCUGGAGCUUCUCUGCACAUAAUUACGAAACAGAAGCCUGAUAGAGGUUUAUGAUUAGCGACCUGCUUUGAGACGGGCCUCGCAAAAAGAAACGCUACGACUAGCAUUAAUACAGGAUGAUAAUCAUUCUGCUGCGAGAGUGGUAACUAACAGUUACUAUAUCUUAUCUGACACUUAAAAAGGGCCAGUCGGGUUCAGUUAGAACAUUUAGCGACGAAUACAGGACAUGUUACAUGUUAUUUGUGUAACCCGGCUAAAUCUGUGACAAGACGCUCACUCGAAUGUACGGAGUAGAGGUCUUAACAGAAAUAGAUAUAUACGAUUAGAUAGUUCAGUGCUGUGAGAAGAAGACAGAUUAAACAACACAAAUAACUCCGGCUACAGUGUGUAGAAAAAGAUCGGAUUUGACAGGCCAGUUAUUUUUUCUAAGUGUACUACAGGCCCGACACUAGCGUGUUGGUUGUCAAUCUGUAGAGUUCUGUACGCUAACGGUUUAAGUGUAAAAUCUCAUCAUCAUCAUAAUAAUAAUAAUAAUAAUCGAUUUAGUUUCCGAUAGACGGGAGUUUUGUUGGCUGUAAAAAGCGCUAUUGGGUGGGUAAUAUUUAUUAGAAAACGUUUAUGCUGAGUGUGGACUUGUCAGACUGCUUCUGAGACGAAGUCGCACCUUCUCUGCUGGCUCUGUCCGGCCAGAAAAUAAUGUCCCGGCGCUGAAGAUGGGUGGCAGCGGCUCCAAAUCGCGUGGGUUCUGGCCUUUUGCUGGCUCCGGUAUCGGUUCGGAUCCAGCCAACGGUGGCAAUGAACAGACACUGUCCAGGCUUCGGGGCAGCAGGUCGUGCACUCCCUUCGUGUUUACUAGAAGGAGCUCCCUGUAUUACGAUGAAGAUGGAGACUUGGCCCACGAGUUCUACGAAGAGACAAUCGUGACAAAGAAUGGCAGGAAGAGAGCGAAACUGAAGAAGAUUCAGAAGAAUCUAAUACCUCAGGGAAUGGUGAAGCUGGAUCACCCUCGGAUCCACGUGGAUUUCCCGGUCGUGCUCUGCGAGGUGUGACGAUGAGGCGUUUGAAAGACCACGGCUGACGCCCUUACGACUCCCCCCCCCCCCCCCCCCCCCCC